AUGCGCUUCGAUUUCUCCGAUGCAGCCUCAUCACUGCAUUGUGCUUUCGUACAAACGUACGACAACCACCAUACUACCUCCACUGAAAAUUACCAUCACCGCUGAACCUAGAUCUUCACACCAAUGACGUUCGAAUUGAUGAAGAUCCACUACUCUCCACCAUUAUCGUGUGCUCUUCCUGCUAUGAGAGCCUAGUUUCCAUAAUCCCAUUUUUAUGAACCUCCCAUAUCAACAUAAGGCUCAAUAAUCUUCUUCUGAUUUUGAUCUCUGUAUUGCUCAUAACCUCUUCGAAGUUCAAUGUGCUUCACAACCAUCGCCUAGAACUUAAGACUUCACAUUGGCGAGCACCAAGCCUACAGAUCAACGUCCUCCGCCCCCAGGUCUAGCUGAUCAUGGGCAAAGUCUGGAAUGCGGACACGACUUUCGUGCAUCAGUUGGACGUUCGGCCGACUCGCCCCCCAAGACACAUUUCCAUUAUCAUCAAUGGUCCCUAACUCACAGAGAAGUCUCACCAUUCACAGUCCCCAUGGGCUCAUAGAGCGAACUCUCACCAUCGACGGUUCUCAUUGGCUUACAUAGUAAACUCUCACCAUUUACAGGAUCCGCUGACUUUAAUCAAUGCCUCCUCCCAGCUGCAGAGAUGGCGACCGGUCAAAUUUACCGGCUGGGGAAACAUUCAACUUUUUUAAGAUCAUCCUUCCUGCUAACGUUCGAGAUGGAAAACUUCGGUUGCCACCAAAGUUUGUUAGGGAGUAUGGAAAGAAACUUUCAAACUCUGUACUCGUCAAGGUUCCAAAUGGCUCUAUUUGGAAAGUGGAACUGAUGAAAUGUGAUGGUGGGGUUUGGUUACAAAAUGGUUGGCGAGAAUUCUCCGAGUAUUACUCUAUAAGUCAAGGACAUUUACUAAUAUUCAAAUAUGAUGGGUUUUCCCAUUUUCUUGUAAUUAUUUGUGAUAUGACAGCUUCAGAAAUAGAGUAUCCAUUCAGUGAAAUUGGGAGAAUGGUUGAGAAUGAUGAUUCUGUUGAAAUCCUGGGUGAAUUUCCAAUGUGCCAGAAAAGUCACUGUGAAGAAUCCAUUUUUGUUGGGAAGUUGAAAGCGCCUAAAGUAGAGGAAAUUGAAGAUGAUUCAUCUGUUGAAAUCCUAGAAGAUUUCCCCACAUGGCAGAAAAAAAUGGGAAAACAGCCAUCACGAUUUCCCUGUUCUCGGGUGGUAAAAACUGAACCUCCUAGUGAAACUGAGAAUGCUUCUGCUCUUCGAAAUCCAGUUAUGAACUUUCAACAGAAAGAUCUUCAAGCUAACGGGACGAAACUGGCCGGGUCAAAGAGAGACUUGGAUGGGCAUCAAGUCAUGCAAGAUUUGGCAGGUAGACAUAAGUAUUUUAAAGAGGGAGACAAUGGAAGUAGAGACAUGGAGUGUAGAUUCCCCCAAGCAAAGUAUCCAGAAGGGAGCGGGCCAGCUACUGUCAUUGAAGAACUCACAGCCCUCCAAGCAGAAAGCCCCUCCCAUAUAGUUACAAUGCGACCAUCUUAUGUUGGUAGUAAAUGUUCGUUGCGUAUACCAUUGAGCCGUGUCAAGGGUGUUUUUACCAGAAAGUGUGGGGAAGUAACUCUUCAGGUUUCGGAUGGGAGAACUUGGUCAAUCCAUUACACUGUUGGACCACGUGGAGCACAAUUCAGUUCUGGUUGGAAGACAUUUGUGCUAGAUAAUCACUUGAAAGUUGGUGAUAUUUGCGUGUUCGAACAGAUCAAGGGCCUUGAUGAUUCACUGAAGGUUGUCAUGUUUCGAGCUUGUGAAGAUGGCGCAAACUGUUUCCCAGCCGUGCAGAAGUUGGAAAUUUGAAUCUGAGUAAAUGCUCCAUUUUUGUGGUUAAUGAGUCUGAUCGCUAGAAAUAGACCUUUGAAUUUCACCCCAUUUUGAAUCAGAGUUUGGUGGUGAAUCUGUCUUCUGCUCCUUUCGGCUCAUUUUGAAUCAGAGUAAAUGCUCUGUGGUAGUAGUUUUUCUAAGCAAAUUAAGUUGUUUUUGUGUUUUUCGUUUUGGCAAUGAUACAAUGCCUCCACAGUUCCUCACCAUGCAAUGAAACUAUACAUUACGAGACUA